AUGGCUUCGUCUCUCGCCGCGCAGCUGUCGCAAAUUGCGGCCAAGUCGGCACACGAGCUUGACCUUAAGGCGCAAAGGGUGUUACACUCACAGUCACUUAUUUUUGACCCAAAAGUCGCCGGCACUCAAGACUUCGAUGCGAUCUAUGAUAUUUGUUAUGACGGAUUCCGGGAAUUAUGCUCGUUGGACCCCCGGUUUACGGAGUUUGAUCGCACGAUAUUCAGCGAGCAGAGCAAAGCGGAGGACCGCAGUCAGAUGAACGUAGCCCAGAAUAAAGAACUGGAUACUGUGGUUGAAGCUUUCCUAGCUCUGGUUGGCGGCAGGCUCCAGUUGAGUCCUGCAGUGAAAGCUGUGGAUUGGCUUGUUAGAAGGUUCAGGAUCCACGAGUUCAACACAACCGCCGUAUUAUUGACGUUUUUGCCGUAUCAUACGACGCCGCUCUUCUUGAACCUUCUCUCUAUUCUUCCGGAAACUCUUACGCCAGCAUUCAAAGUCCUUAUUCCAUACAAGAACGGUCUCAUUAAUCCACCAAGGCACCCGCUUGUUCAUAGCGCAGCCACGAACAAGCCUUUCUUUUCCGAAUUAAACGAAUACGUCCUGAAAGUUUGUAGGCAACAGGCCCAAAGCCAUGCACUACUUGCAUUUUGGGCCGGAAUUGUCACGGAGGCUGUCGCAACAAUGUUGGAUGGCGCUCGCUCGGGGAGAAGAGAGGCCGAGAAGCAAAAGCAUGAAGAUAUCCUUUUGCGGAUUUUGCCGGUACUCAGUAACGCUUUCACAAUGAAGAAUGUUUCGGAAUUGAUCGUUGGCUCCUAUAUGAUCUGCGUUGUACUGGCACAGAAGGCCUUCCUCUCGAACGAAGUUACCGAUGGCCUAAUGGAGAGUGUUGUGGGUUCUUGGACAGAAGAUACAAAGAUAUCUGGUCUGAUUUGUCUUUCGGUCCUUGCACAGCAGAAGCCUACUGUUACAAUCCCCAAAAGGGUCUUUAAGGGCAUCUUGCGCCUCGAGAAUCCUAUCGCCCAACUUUCUGAAAUCGCGCCACAAUAUCAGACAUCAAAAUUAUUGCUUGGAGUCAUUGCCGGUUGCUUGACUGAUCUUGACAAGCAGGACAAUGCUCGCCUUGCAAUUCUGGCCUCCGUCUUUGAACGCAAGAUGCUUGGUGAGAAUGAGAUUGCCAAGGCUAUGAGCCUGGUUCUCGAAGCAGCUUCCAAUGCAGAUGAUACCCGCGGAAUGUCUUUGGAUGCCCAGACACAGCUUGCUGAACUGGUUCAAGGAUUCAACCGGUCUGAAACUCUGCAACCUAUUUUCCAGAAGGUUUUGACUGAAUCUUCGCUCAACAUCUCGGCGCUAGAGCACAACCUUCAGACCGUUGUCGAGGCCCCAGUUGUGGCACAGGCCAUCGAAGAUGUGGAUAUGAUCGAUGCGGAUGAUCAGCCCCAGGUGGACGCGUUUACCCCAGCCUUGGAGUCUUUGAUCAAAGAGUCCUUGUUCCCAUACUCCUUCCUCUCCAAACAGUCUAUCACCGAAUUCGAUAACCUGGUUCGCGUUUUCGCCUUGGCGGUGGACUCCGAGGACAAUCUCGAGCUUUUCACCAAUUUGCCAAUCUUGGGCAAGUCCCAGGCGAUCAAAACACCUCAAUAUCUAUCCUUCUUUGUCAGAGUCGUUGCUGGCCACUACCCCAUCGGAACAAAGAUCGCUGCUUUGAACGUUGUAUCAUCUGUUCUUUCGUCGGCACCCGCGGACUUUGACCCUCAGGCACUACUGCCAUUCCUGUUUGUAGCCCUCUCUGAUCCUUCAGAACGGAUUCGCCGUCAGACUGCUGGCAUCUUGGCUAUUAUCGGAUCUUUGUACAAAAAGAACACCACUUCCGGUGACAGCUCGAAGCCAUGGGCUCACGACUCAAUCUACGGCAAGGGCAAGCCCACGGGUGUUGCAUGGCUGACCACCAAGGAUUCGCAAAAGGUUUUGGAGCGGGCAUUGCUUCCAGGGUUGGAGGAGUCUAUCCUUGACUCUAACCAUGUCGGUAGGAUGAUGGAAGCUACUCUUCGGGGCAACGUUUUGUCAGAAGCUUCGGGUGCAUCCGAACUCAAGAAGUCUCUCCGCCUUAGUCUCUUUGCGUUCAUCUGCUCUCAUGUUGUCAAGAUGCCAGUGUUCGCACCCAAGAUUAGCUUGCUGAAGUUGGUAAACAGCGUGGAGAAGGUCUCUACUGCAACCCUGACCAGUGAGCUUCUCCCGGUGCUCGAGGAUUGGCGUCGCUUGAGCGACAAGGAAGUCGAGGAAAUUUGUGGCAAGGAGCGCAUCGUGGCAUCUGAGACAGAGAAUUUGAUUGCUGCUAUUGUCACAUCCAAAGACAAGGACGCCAUCGAUGUUCUCCUCUCCAAUGUCAGCUCUGGUGGUGAUUUGCGCCCGUCCUUUGUUGCGGCUUGCUUUGGUCAAAUCAAACACAUCUGGGCUAAGAUUCCCGAAGACCGUCAGUUGACUGCAUCCGAGAAGUUGCUCGAUAUCUCUCUUUCGCGAUCGGUCAAUGCCGCUUCUCUGGCGAAUAACUGCCGCGACGUUCUUCGCACUGUCGAGCUUUCCGGUGCUGUUCUUCAGCAAUUUGUCCAAAAGAUUCCUGUGUCUAUCACCGAUGUUGAGUCUGUUGGUCCAGCACCGAAGCGGAGACGUACUAGCCAGAACAACAUGAUUGCGAUGACUGUCAAGGACGAAGCAGAGCUUAGCAAUUUGAUGGACAAGAUGACUUUCAUCUUGGAGAUCGUGGAUAGCUCCUCCCCAGAAACUCAUCCUGAGCUUGCAGGUGGAUUGUUCCAGACUCUAGCGGCUCUUCAUCACUUCAAGUCCCAGAUCCAGUCUGGCAUGAGCUAUCUCCUCAGCCUGACUUUGGGAAGUCUCUUGGCUAUUGUGAACACAUCUAAGGGAUCUGUUAAGCCGAAGUUCGAUACAUCCGUCAUCAGGGCCGACCUGGUGGUGGAUUGUGUCCGAACAACCGACAGCCCGCAGGUUCAGAACGGCGCUCUUCUUCUCGUAGGUAGUCUGUCUGUCAUUGCGCCCGAGUUGGUUCUCCACAGCGUCAUGCCGAUCUUCACGUUCAUGGGCACUACCGUUCUACGCAAGGAUGAUGACUACUCUGUUUCGGUCAUUGACCAAACCAUUGACCAAGUUGUUCCUGCUCUUAUCCAGUCUCUGCGUAACCAGAAGAGGGAUGUUGUCUCCGGAACAUCCGAGCUACUGCUCAGUUUCACUGCAGCCUUCGAGCACAUCCCCGCCCAUCGCCGUUUGAGACUCUUCCAUGCCUUGAUCAGCAAGCUGGGAACACAAGACUUCCUGUUCGCCGUUUUGGCAAUGCUCGCUAACCGAUACUCCACCGACAAGGAUGUGCUCACUCUGAUGACUGGUCUGGUCUCUGACACUACAACUGUCGUAGAGCUUACCACCUACAGCAAGUACUUGAACUUGGUCAGCGAUGCUCUCAAGACCAAACCAGGUAUCUCUCAGGUUCUUCUUGGAAUUGGCAGUGACGAUGGACGCGACGCCCAGAGCAUCUGCGUUGAUCUCCUGCGUGAUCUUGCUCACUUGUUCAAGCACUCUUCUCUCAAGUCCAAGCUUGAGACGGCCUUUGAGUCGGACGACGAGUUUGCUGAUCAGUCCCGCGCUUGCUUCUCCCGAGUUCUGACCCAGGUGCUGAGCAUCGGCGAGGCUGUGCAGAGUAUGAAGCCCGUCAGCCAGGCUUGUGGUGAGGUCCUCGGCUCUCUGUUUAGCACUCUGUCUCUCGUCGACUUCCUGGAUACCAUUGAGGUUCUACUCCAGGGUCCCAAUGACGAACUUCGACGCAAGGUUCUCCGUUUGCUCGAGACUCGCCUCCGCCAGAACCCCGAGCGUGACAACCUGUCGCAGAUCCGGGUUCUCGACUUCUUGCCCACCCUGGUUAGCAUUGUCGAGUCGUCUCCGGAUACGCUGCUCAAGCAUGCUGCUGUUUCGUGCAUUGACCGCAUCACCGACAAGUACGGCCGUAAGGACCCGUCCAAGGUCAUUGCUGCCGCUAGAGUGGUUGCCAGUGAAUCUUGCCUCGGCCAAUCCGAUGACCGCAUUCGCUACAUGGGUAUCCUGUGCUUGGCCUCUAUGGCUGAGGUGCUGGGUCAAGCCAUGAUUCCUGCCCUCCCGGACACACUCAAGCGUUCAUUAGAAUUGCUCGAGUUGAGUCUGGUCCCUGGCAAGGAGAACUCGCGACUCCACGACGCCGUCUUCACCCUCUUCUCUGCCGUUUUCGCUCACCUGCCAUUCAUGAUCUCGGCUGGCGAUCUGGACAAGAUGCUUCUCCUGUCCUUCAAGUCUGCUAAUGCGGACAUCGAGGAGAGCAGUGAUGAAAGCCGCCAGGAGUCCCUGCGGUUGAUGGCCCGCAAGGUGGAUCUGGGCGCAACUCUCGGCGCCGUCGAUCGGAAUUGGCAGCACGCCGUCAAGGCUGGCCCGAUUGCUGUGAACGAACUCUUGGAAGUUGUCACGAUUGCUGUUGACAAGCACCCCAAGUCGGCCAUUGCGAAGAACAUCGGCGUCCUUACGAAGAUUCUCUUCAAGGCGUUCGAUCUUCGCCGGGAACAGAUUGCUCUUGGCGACAAGGCUGUCUUCGAAUCGACUGCUAUUGAUGAGGCCGAAGUGGCACUCAAUGACGUUACAAUCAAGAUGAUCUACAAGCUGAAUGACAGCACGUUCCGGCCCAUCUUCCUCAAGUUUGUUGAAUGGGCCACUACCGGCGCUCCCAAGAGCGAACAGGAUCAAACCUCGCGCCUCACGACUUUCUACAAGUUCCUCGAGGUCUUCUUUGGUACUCUCCAGUCAAUUGUCACCGGGUACUCCAGCUAUGUGUUGGAGAACGUUGUCAGUGUUCUAAACACGACGGGUCCCUCCAAGGCCCAAAAGUCCCUCUGGUUGGCUGCCCUUCGUAUGCUCCGCAAGUCCUUCGAGCAUGACCAGGAUGAAUUCUGGCAAAGCCCCUCCCAUCUCGCCAGCAUUUCCGGUCCUUUGAUCGCCCAGCUCGGCCACGCAAACAGCACCACCACCUCGAACAUGGUCAUUGCCGACGUCGUGCCCACAAUCACUGAACUGGCCAUCGCCGCCGACUCCACAGAUAACCACAAGGAGCUGAACUCCGCGCUGAUGAAAUACCUGCGCCCCUCCUCUGCGCCCAACGCCCGCUUCGCUGGUGGCGACAGCCCCCACACCCGUCUCGCAGCCCUCAAGACCGAACAGGCUCUUACGGAGCAACUGGGUGAGGAGUGGCUGGCACUUCUGCCAGAGAUGCUGCCUUACAUCAGUGAGCUUAUGGAAGACGAGGAUGAGAGUGUUGAGAGAGAGGUCCGUAGAUGGGUUAAGCAGAUCGAGAAGGUCCUUGGUGAGCGUCUCGAUGACAUGUUGACUUAG